AUGACGAGAGCCCUCCUCUUCGCAGUGCUGGUCAAAGCCUUGGGUUGCAUCGACGAAAGCGCAGCUGUCGCUGGAGCGUGUGUCGAGACCGAGGUGGAGUCACUUUUGCAGAGACCGGCCUCGGUCCGUGAUCAGAUCUUGCACAUCGUGGACUUCAGGGAAGCUUUGACCAGAAUUUCUGUGAGCGAUGAGCUUCUCGCAUUGAAGCGGCGUUUCGUCAAUUACUACAGGGAAGUUGGCGCGCACAUCAAACACAGCGUCCACACCGACCUGGGGCAAACGGUUGACUGCAUCCCUUUCUUGAAGCAGCCUGCUCUUCUGUGGGCUGGAGAAGCACUGAAGAAAGAGGCCGUCGCAUUGUUGGCGAGAUCCAGAGGGGACGUUGAAGAUGCAGCAGGCGAGCAGGAAGCGAAUGAGGAGCAGGAGCCUGCAGAGCGUUAUGGCUGUGGACCUGACGAAGUCCCUCUUCCGCGCCCGAGCCUGCAAGCUUUGCGGCGUGGACUCGUAGAAGAGUUCCGCAAGACGGGAAGUCCCACGGGAGGCCUUUGGCCGAGUGCUAGAGGCCACCACGGCUCAGCACUGCUCCAAGUUGGCAAGGAUGACUGCAGGACGAUUCGGCCGCCGCACCCGGGGCCACCGAAUCACACCUACUCCACCAGCCCGAUCUGCAAAACGCACGGCAGUCGAACGGCUUUUGCCGCAUUCGAGAUCGGAGCUCUGCCAGAGGUGCCCUCCUCUGGUGGCCACACCCUCAACCAGAUGUGGUGGAAAGGCGUCCCCCCUGAGUCGAAGCUUCCGGUCAGCUUGGAAGCGGGCUGGUUGACUACCGACCUGACCGGCAUUUCUGAUGCGAGGAGCAGCCAGAGCAUCGGAACCCGGCUUUUCGUUUAUUCCACGCCCAACGCAUACUUACCACGAGAUGACUGCCAGGGUGGCAACGGCUUCGACCAUUGGGGUGGCUUCGUCCAAUACCCCGGAGGACCUGCCCUGGGCGUAUAUACCGUCAACAAGCUUCGAUCGGUGUUCCUGUACAAGAUCGUCGGUUCGACUGAGGGGAUGCCAGAGCGCCUGGAGUUCUACCUCGCAAAGCUUGGCAAGGAUUAUGGGAAGCCUAGAUCUGUAGCCAGCACAAGGCACCUGGUGGGUUAUUGGCCCAAGAGCCAUUUCUGUCACGGCUUCCCGAAGCACGAAGACCUUCUGCUGUACACAGGGCUUGAGGUCUUCGUACCAUCCCAGUGCCCUGGAAUGCCUCGCACGGCUUCCGGCCGGAUCUUGGGAUGGGGAACUGAGUGGAACGCGGGCGAUCCAGACUUCUACCCGAUGCUCAAGGAUGACGGAAGCGCGGCGGUCUUCCUGGCAACUGCGAAGCAGGAGUGGCAAGCAUCAGUGGGCUACAACCAGGAGUGGAAGGCGCCUUUCGUGGAUUUCUCCGGCACAUAUCGGCCGGUUUCCUGUGUGGUGCCCGGGACGCUUCCCUGCGAGGACAUCACUUGUCCAGGGCCCUAG